CUGGCCGGGCCCGCGCUCGCGCCGCCGCCCGGAGUCACGCCCAACUUCAAGAACCCGCCGAACAACAACGCGCUGGCCCACGGCGUCAUGGCCGCCUGCCUCGCCGUCUCGACACUGUGUCUGCUGCUGCGCAUUUGGCUGGCCAUCCUGUCGCGGCGCAACUUUGUAAUAUCGCUGACCACGCCGCCGCAGGGCUGCUAUCUGGGCUGGACCUUUUGCUGCUACCGCCUCGUCGACGUCGUCGGCUAUUUCGUGCACCAGUGGGACGUGGUUCUGCGCAGCAUCAUCGACCUCAGCUACUACAUCUCGAUCGGCGGGGUGCUGUACUCGGUGACACUCCCGCUGCUCAAGGUGGCGAUCCUGCUCGAGUGGACGCAAAUGUUCGUGCCGCGGGGCACGCGCAACGCGUUUUGGUGGACAUGCUGGGCGCUGAUCGGCGUGCAGGUGCUGUUCGGGAUCGCGGCCGUGGUCGCGCUCAACCUGGUGUGCGUCCCGUACCGCGCCAUCUACGACUUCACGGUCCCCGGCAAGUGCUACAACAAGCACACGGUCGACCUGGCGUCGGCCAGCGUGCACCUGCUGACCGACGUCAUCAUGCUGGUGCUGCCGCAGCGCGUCAUCUGGGGCCUGCAACUGUCCCUGCGCAAGAAGCUGGGCGUGUCGGUCGUGUUCAGCCUCGGCCUGCUCGCCGUCGUGUCGGCCAUCUGCCGCCUGCAGGUGACCGUGACGUACGCCACCGCGCAGGACGUGACGUACACGCUGGGGCCUGUUGUGUUCUGGGCGUUCGCCGAGAUGACGUGCGGCUUCGUCGUCAGCUGCAUGCCGGCGGCGCCGCGGCUGCUCAAGGAGACGCGCGUGCUGCACCGGAUCAAGAAGGCGCUGGGCAUGCAAACGACGACGCUCGACGGCACCGCCGGGGCCGCCGCCGGCAUGAGCCGCAGCAAGGGCACGGCGCUCAACAUGAGCAAGCCGGCCACCGCCGCCGACAAGUACCACAUGAUCGACGAGGACGGCGUGUCGCUCGAGAAUCUGGGCGGCGGCGCAAAGUCCGAGUCGACCGAGCAUCUCCAGGAGGUGUCGGCGGCCAAGCUCGGCGGCCACUCGAUCCUGCGCACCACCCGCGUCACAGUCAAGGGCGAG